AUGCAGACCAUCUCUCCCAGCAUAGUGUUUUUGUGCGAUGGUAGCUUUGACAUUCUGGAUGCCAUUGCUGGGAUUUUGAAGCGGAAAAUCUUUCCUUUCAACAAGACCUCAAAAAUCUCAUUAAUUGUCGCUAGUCGGCUACCUUCCACCACAGACCUUGCUAUCGAGAAUCUUGGCAUAAAGGGAGACGUGCAAGUUUACCAUUGGUCGAGCAUCAGGCCCAUAGCACUAGAAUCUGAUAUCCUAGAUCUCUGUUUGCCACAGGGUGGCCUGGGCGAGCUCUUUUCAGGUUCAAUUAAUCCGUUAGACCAGCUAGCUGGGUCUCUUUUGGACGUGGUGAUAAAUUCAGGUUACAAAGUGCGCAUUACAAACACAUUUAUCAAGGGAGAAAACUCUGCCAAACUUUGGGACAUUUACCAACACAAGUACCAAACUCACCUCACAAAAGUCGAGCCAAAAGUUAAAAAGCUGAUCAUGGAUCAGGACGAGACUUUGUUUGUUGACCAACACUCAUUUUUCAACCGUAAUGUCGACUUUAUUUGUCUGGACCGGUCAGUCGACUUGGUGAGCGCGGUGCUUACUCAGCUCACCUAUACGGGGCUAUGCCAUGAGGUUUUGGGAGUGCAGCUGGGCAUGGUGUCAGUACCAGAAGAAAAUAUCAAACUUAGAUUCGGAGACUUCAACGAUGAGAUCUACCAGUUGGUGCGAGAUCUCAAUUUUUCAAUGGUGGGCUCGGUGCUGAACUCUAAAGCACGCACAUUGCAAGCUGAGUAUGACAAACGCAACAACCUUACGGAUAUCGAAGAAAUGAAGAAGUUUGUUGGAGAGCUAAACAAUUUGAAAGAAAGCCAAAAAUGGGUCCAAAAACACACCGUGGUCGCAGAAACUAUAUUAAAAUCUGUGAAGGAUGGUGACCAGGAACGUCAGAUUCCCGGGUUGGAGGUCGAAAUGCCGAACAGUAAUAAAUUCAAUGCGUUUUUGGAGCUACAGCAAGAAAUAUUGAGCGACAGUCUAGACAACAAGCGCAACUGUGCUGCUAUCCUGAAUUACAUGUACCAGUUUGAGCCACCGCUAUCGGAGGUGCUACGAUUAAUGAUCCUCACAAGCAUUGUGAAGAGAGGCAUCAGGGAACCGGAAUAUGAACACAUGAAAACAGAGAUCUACCACAUGUAUGGAAUGGAUGCGUUCAAAAUUCUGCUCAGAAUGAAAGAGCUGAAAAUGGUGUAUCCUCGCGAGAGUCUCUCGUUUUUGCCCACGAGUAUGAGCGAAGAGGUGGUUACUAGUACGCAUCAGCUCAUCAGGGAUUUUUUGUCGAUUGGCAACAACCUAAAUCUUAUGCCCGUGUCUGAUAAGGUGGACCCAGCAAACCCUCAGGAUGCAGACUUUGGGCUUCCUGGGUAUGUUCCUAUUAUUACCCGUCUGGUCGAGGCAAUAUACUCUCGGGAGUUUCUUGCGGCACCGCACGACACGCGAAUCAGGAAGUACGGCUGGGACAAUUUGGAUCUUAGUGCGUUGGAUGGAGAGCUAAAGCAAGAGUUUCUGGUUCCAGAAACUAAAAAAUCCUUGUUCAAUUCAUCGAUCCCCCCCAAAGCAAGCCAACUUGCCGACCGGAAAGAUCUCAUUAUUAUCACCGUCGUGGGCGGAAUGACUUACAGCGAAAUCUCGACUAUCCGAUUCGUCCUAAAGAAAAAUCCUGUUACCAAACCGAAGCAGGUAAUUUUUCUUACCCCGGGAAUUAUUACCGGUGACGAUCUGAUUGACAGUUUAAGAUAUAAGUGA